AUGGAACAAACCAACCAUUGUCCGUUCUCGAAGCGAAGACAGGUUUCAUACGGCGUUCAAAGAUUGGAGUCAUCGUCACGCGCGAAAUGGCCGGCUUUGUUCGAUGGUGUGAGGCGAUACGGUCGGUUGAAGCUGGGUAACAUUUUGUUCUCCAAAGAACUCACCUAUCUCCUGCUGCAAGACGAAGACCCGGCUAGCAAGAGAAUGUACGUCAACUCUUUCCUCCCAGGUAACAUCGUCACCGAUCAAUGGGUACCUUGGAAUUUAUACUUCGGUACUUUAAUCGGCUCAUCGAUACGCCUUGCGGGUUAA